CAAAUUAUAAUUAAACUCCCAAACUCUCUUUAUCUUCCUAACUAUAUAUAAAUACACGGUACCAACCUUUCUGCCUACACCUUAAUAUUUCAAAAUACCAUACUAUAGUGAUUAACUCUCUCCAAGGUUCAAUUAUAUACAUUAUCCACAUUCCUUGCUUUAUACAACUCUGAUCCACAAAAAAUAUUCUUUCUUUAUUUCACUCCUUUCAAAUUAAUAUCAAAUCCAUGGGUUUGAGAGACAUAGGAGCUUCACUUCCUCCUGGAUUUCGAUUUUAUCCAAGUGAUGAGGAAUUGGUUUGUCACUAUCUUUACAAAAAGAUUUCAAAUGAGGAAGUUCUUAAGGGUACUUUGGUAGAAAUUGAUCUUCACAUAUGUGAACCAUGGCAGCUUCCUGAGGUGGCAAAGCUGAAUGCAAAUGAAUGGUAUUUCUUUAGCUUUAGGGACAGAAAAUAUGCGACAGGGUUUAGAACAAACAGAGCAACAAUAUCUGGGUAUUGGAAAGCAACGGGGAAGGAUCGAACGGUGUUAGAUCCAAUGACGCAAGAGGUUGUAGGGAUGAGGAAGACAUUGGUGUUCUAUAGGAACAGAGCUCCAAAUGGUAUCAAAACAGGGUGGAUUAUGCAUGAAUUUCGAUUGGAGACACCACAUAUGCCUCCUAAGGAGGACUGGGUUUUGUGUAGAGUCUUUCACAAAAGCAAAGAAGACAACAAUAACAAUAACAAUUCCAAAAUCAACACACAACAACUCAUGUAUGAGACAACACAUCCAUCCCUAACUUUGGCGUCAUCAUCUCCAACAAACCAAACCAUGCCUAGUGUCUAUAACCGAAUUGAUUCUUUUUCUUCCUCUAUGACAACACUUCAUCAUUUAAUUCCCAACCAAAACAAUUCUUCCAUGAUGAAUCUCCUUCAUUAUUCUCGUGAUACAAAUCCAAAUAAUAAUAAUAGCACUAUUACUCAAAUUAGUUCCAAAGGUGAUCAUGAUGGAUAUGGAUUCUUGUGGAACAUGGAUUUGGAAGAAAAUAGCCUAGAAGAUGGCGUGGCCUCAAACUUGGACGCGAUAAGAUUUGAGGUUGAUAAUAAUAAUAUGGUCUUACUAUAAAGAUAUGUAUGUAUUUUACAUGUACAUGUAUAGUAUAUAUAUAAGGUUCUUUAUUAUUAAUUAAAUUGUCAAAAUUCGUUUAUUUGUGAGUGUAUUUAUGGGCAAAGGCACAUGCUAGAUUGGGAUUCGAUGUUUGAAGAUUGUGGUAUAUAUUAUGUAAGUAAUAUUAAGAGGGUAAUUAAUAUUAAUAUAUAGUGUGGUCACUUAGCUAGGCUUUUCGUAUUUAUAUUUAUAUUUAUAUGGAUUUGUUUCCGGGGUAGGCCAUUAAUAAUAAAUACAUUGUAUUGUCGAAUAUUUGUAAUAGCAAUGUUUAUAUAUUUUGUCUUAUUGUCGUCA